AUGGGUCAGCAACAAGUCAACCAGAUAGAGGCGGGAUACGUGUUUGUCGAAGAUGUCAGGGAUACAAUGGUUGCAAACCGUCAGAUGGCGAGGUCAAUAAAUGUAGAAAUAUAUUCUCGAAGCCAUGAAACAUUUCGUGUUACAGAGACCAUCAGUCGUCGACCCGGUAUACCACCUAGGUCCUAUGGAGUUGAUCUUCGUAACAGACGGUGUGAUUGCAGGAGGUUCCAAACACUUCAUUAUCCAUGUGCGCAUGUCAUGGCAGCGUGUGCUAAGGUGAACCUUAAUGUUGAACAAUUUGUCGAUGAUGUGUACACACUCGAGCGCAUGUUACGUGUCUGGGAAAAUGAGUUUCCCGUCCUGCCUGACUUGUCUACGUGGGAGGUGCUUCCGUCGACUUUCGAACUUGUCCCAGACAGAGGGUUACGUAGGAGUCCGAGAGGUCGUCCGCAAUCAUUCAAAAUUCAUAAUGAGAUGGACAUUAGGGAGAAAUCCGAUGGUAAGCGUUGUGGAUUAUACAGGUUAGCUGGUCAUAAUCGGAGAAAAUGCCCGCAGCGAAACUAUCAUAUUGGACAAUCGUCACGAUCGGGUAGGAAUUGA